UUAAGUAUUUUACUUUGUCUAGCCUUUAAAUCGACCCACCUCCUCCACUCCGCCAGAAACUGAUACAGGCACCGAGCCAUGGCGGAGGCCGCGACUCGAGCCCAUGUCGCCCUCCUGGCCUUCCCCUUUGGAACGCACGCCGCACCCUUGCUCGCCCUCGCCCUCAACCUCGCCACCACCUCGCCUUCAACCUCUCUCUUCACCUUCUUCUCCACCCCACAGUCUCUCUCUAAACUAUCCUCCUCCAUUACCAUCUGCUCUUCAAAAGCCACAAAUCUGAGAUUCCUCCCCCUGCCGGAAAACGAAAACUACUCGCCGGAAAACCUCACCCCCAUGGCUGCCAUAGAGGCAUUUCUCAGGGGGGCACCAUCUGCGGUCCGCGAGGCUUUGGGGCAAUCUGAGCCGCCGGUUAGUUGCGUUAUCGGUGAUUCGUUCCUCGUGUUUGCGGAAGAGGUGGCGAGGGAGAUAGGGGCAAAAUGGGUAUCUUUUUGGACGGCUGGGCCUUGUAGCUUGGCGGCUCAUUUUUACACGAAGAAGAUCAGGGAGGAGGUUAAGCUUGGUGAUAAUGGCAUCAAAGACGAGAAUGUAGCAGGCAUACCUGCCCUCUCCUUCAUCAAGCUCAAAGAGUUACCAGAAGGAGUUAUUAGAGGCGACCUUUCGAGCCCUUUCCCAUUGAUGCUACUAAAAAUGGGGGAGCAAUUGCCCCAAGCAACAGCUGUGAUCCUCAACUGCUUCGAAGACCUCGACCCCUCCACCCUCUCUGACCUUAGAGCAAACAUGGCCCCAUGCUUCACAAUUGGACCAUUGCCACCAAUACCCAGCCCAAACGCCAACCCUGGUGCUCGUGAUGAGUGCCUCGCAUGGCUAGACGACCAGUCCAAGGCUUCGGUUUUGUACGUGAGCUUUGGCACAGUGAAGGCUCUAGAGGCGCCUGAGGUCGUUGCACUUGCAGAGGGACUAGAGAAUAGUGCUCGUCCAUUUUUGUGGUCGAUGCGCUUAGAGCAACAUGAAUUGCUUCCUGAUGGGUUUGAUGCUCGUGUAGGCCAACGCGGUCGAGUGGUGGCAUGGGCUCCGCAAGCCCAGGUGCUAGGGCAUGACGCUGUAGGAGCGUUCCUUACGCAUUGUGGAUGGAACUCUGUGCUAGAGAGCAUCAUCGGAGGAGUACCGAUGAUAUGUCAUCCAUUCUUCGGGGACCAGAGGAUCAAUGCCAGGACAGUGACCGAUCUAUGGAGGAUCGGGGUCACUAUAGAGGGUGGGGUCCUAACUCGUGAAGGAGUGGAGGGCGCGGUGCACCGCCUCAUGGCCAUAGAGGAGGGCCAAGUACUGAGGGGGAAUGUACGUACGCUGAUGGACCUUGCAACUCAAGCUACGAGCAAUGAGGGGAGCUCCACUGCAAAUUUAAAAGCUCUAGUAGAGUUAGUCGUUAGUCUGUAAGUGUGAGACUGUGUUAAGACAUGGACAUUGAAUAAAUAUUUGUUUAAGAAAUGUCAAUUUCAAAUUUAGCUUUCUAGAAAUUAUGCAUGUGCACCUUAUAUCAAGAAGGGAGUGGUGGAAUUUUUUAAGACAC